AUGGCCACUGCAUUUUCCUCCUUCUCCACCUCUUUUAUCCUCUUCUUCUUCUUCUUGUACUUCUUGAUCUGUGAUGUUGAUGCUGCAGCUACCCUGGGCUUCACCUUCCACCACAGCUUCUCCGACCAGGUCUGUCGGUGGGUGGAAUGCAGGGCCAAGAACCUCCCCGACAGGUGGCUAGAAAAGGAGACCGUUGAGUAUUAUGCCGUCCUCGCUGGCCAUGAUCGUGGCCACACCCUCUUUGGUGCCGUACUGGCACUAACCUUCUUUGACGGCAAUGCCACCCUCCAGAUCAGCUUGCUAGGCUUUCAAGAUUCUAAUGCAACAUUGAAGAUCGUUAGUACAGAGAAACUAGAAAAGGCAACUAACGACUUCAACGAGAGGCAGAUCCUCGAUCGUGGUGGAUAUGGUACUGUAUACAAGGAUAUUUUGCCAAGUCAAGAUGUUGCGGCCAUCAAAAAAUCUAAAUUAGUUGAUGAGAACCAAAUUGAGCAAUGCAUCAACGAGAUCAUCAUUCUUUCUCACAUCACUCGUAGGAAUGUUGCAAGACUCUUGGGCUACCGUUUAGAGAUCCAAGUUCCGUUGCUUGUGUAUGAGUUCAUAUCCAAUGGAACCCUCUUCCAUCAUAUCCAUAGUCAAAGUCAUGAUUUCUUGAUGCCAUUGAAAGUUCAUCUAAAGAUAGCUGCGGAAACUGCUAGAGUGCUAGCAUAUUUGAACUCAACUGCUUUGGUACCAAUCAUUUACAAAGAUAUCAAGUCUACAAAUAUACUAUUAGAUGAUAUUUAUACAGAUAAAGUAUUGGACUCUGGAGCUUCAAUGUCAGUCCCAUUUGAUCAAGUAGACACAUUGCGAAGGCAAGCAGACAAUAUAGUUUAG